CCUCCCUGUUUUUAUAAGGAGGGCUUAGAUUCUAACUCUGCCUCAGCCUUACUCUAACUUACUGCUCGUGGAACCCUGGGCAAAUCACCUGAAGUCCCCAGCCUCGGUUUCCUCCUCUUCAAAAUGAGGAUGAUACCACCCUCAGAGUACUUGAAAGAGGAAUCUUGGCUUUCUCAUGGAGUCACUGUAAAGUCCUUAGCACAAGGCCCGAUGAAGUUCACAUCUGACAAAUGGUAGUUACUGCUGUUGUUAUUAGUAGGCAUGGAGAGGUGGGGACAGGGUCGAAGGACAGUUAGGAAGUUGGCUGGUUUUGGCUGCUGGCUGGACAUGGCCUUCUGGUCCUAAACGGCUCACCUGUCAUCGUGCCUGGGGCGGUGGAAGCAUGAGCGAGGUACAGGCAAGCAGCUAGCUCCUUUGGUCUGGGGUCUGGCCCCCACUUCUGGGCUUCCCUUCCCAGAACCCCACUAUCAGGGAGUGUGUGUAAGUGUGAGUGCGCCCAUGUGAACGUUCAGGGAAGGGAGGUCCAGUGAAAACAAAGGACAUUCCUUGGUGCUGUGACUCCGGGAGCUCAGCUUUGUGCUAACUUCAUUCUGAUGAAAUAAGCGAUGGUGGACCGGAGAGACUGGCCAUCCUCUUGAGUGAGAGGAGUCAAGGUCUGAGUUUGAGUCCUGGCUCAGUCACGAAUUAUUCAUGGGCCCUGAGAACCGCUGUCACCUGGACUCAGUGCCCUCACCUAUAAAAUGUGGUUGCAUAGAUGAUGCCAAUCUUUUCAGAGCUGAGUUCUGACAUGUUCCAGCAGUCAAAGUUAGUGCCUUGUCCUGGAUGGAGGGAGACACUCAGAGUGGGCUGGGGACCCCCAAACCUCCCCCACUUUGGAUAACAUUCUAUGGCCCUUUGCAUGACCCCACCCAUUCCCAAUAGCCCUUCCCCACUAGGUGCAGUCCACCCGUCAGCUGGGGAGUGCUCUGUGGGCAGCAUGAACCCACCGCGGACCCCCUAACGCCUCUCCCUUGUCUCUUUCAUCUCCAGUCUCCCACCGGCAGAGCGGGAAUAACCAUUCCCAGCUAAGGUAGAUGGAUGGUCCCCAUUAGCCUGGCGCGCUGCUCCCCUCCUCCCCCCACAAUUUCCAUUGUCAAGGGAGGUGCUGCCGUGUGUGGGGGGAGCCUGGGGGACCAGAGCAUUUGGGUGGGGUCGGGGGUGCCCUGCCCCUUGAGCAGGAAUGGUACCCCCGGGGAAGAAACCAGCCGGAGAGGCCUCCAACUCCAACAAAAAAUGCAAGCGUUACUUUAAUGAGCACUGGAAAGAGGAGUUCCCCUGGCUGGACUUCGACUACGAGCGGAAGCUGAUGUUUUGUCUCGAGUGCCGCCAGGCCCUGGUGCGGAACAAGCACGGCAAAGCCGAGAACGCCUUCACCGUGGGCACCGACAACUUCCAGCGCCACGCCCUGCUGCGCCACGUGACCUCGGGGGCCCACCGCCAGGCUCUGGCUGUCAACCGGGGCCAGCCCACUUUUGAGGGCCAAGCUGAGGGAGGAGGGGCCUACCCAGACCUGGCCACCACCCCCACCUCCACGGGCGUCAAGGUGGAGGUGGACCCGGCCAAAGUGGCGGUGCUGACCACGGUGUACUGCAUGGCCAAGGAGGACGUGCCCGAUGACCGCUGCUCUGCCCUGCUUGAGCUGCAGAGGUUCAACCUGUGCCAGGCGCUGCUGGGCACGGAGCAUGGCGAUUACUACAGCCCCAGGAGGGUGAGGGACAUGCAGGUGGCCAUUGCCAGUGUCUUGCACACAGAGGCCUGCCAGCGCCUGAAGGCAUCCCCAUAUGUGGGGCUGGUGUUGGACGAGACCAGGGACUGGCCCGAGUCCCACAGUCUGGCCUUGUUUGCCACUUCGGUGUCCCCCUGUGAUGGCCAGCCUGCUACCACCUUCCUGGGCAGUGUGGAGCUACAGGAGGGUGAGGCCACCGCUGGCCAACUCCUGGACAUCCUGCAGGCCUUCGGCGUGUCUGCACCCAAGCUGGCCUGGCUCAGCUCGAGCCUCCCCAGUGACCGCCUUGGGCGUGUGGGCCCACAACUCCGGGCUGCCUGCCCGCUGCUCACCGAACUACACUGCCUCCCUGGCCGGACAGAUCCCGAGCCCCCUGCCUACCUAAGCGAAUAUGAAAGUGUGCUGGAUGCCCUAUUCCGCCUCCACGGUGGCCCCAGUUCUCACAUGGUCCCUGAGCUGCGGGCAGCACUGGACCUUGCAGCUAUUGACUUGGCAGGACCGCGGCCAGUGCCCUGGGCCUCCUUGCUGCCUAUCGUGGAAGCAGUGGCUGAGGCUUGGCCUUGCCUGGUACCCACACUGGAGGCCUCUGCUCCAGCCUCCCCUACAGCCAGGGCACUGGCCCUCGCCCUGCGCCAGUUCACCUUCGUGGCCUUCACCCACCUGCUGCUGGACACUCUGCCAUCCAUGCAGAAGCUCACCCUUGUCCUGCAGCCUGAAGAGCCAGACUUGGCCUUGUUGCAACCCCUGGUGAUGGCAGCCGCGGCCUCCCUCCAAGCCCUGCGCAGCUCGGGUGGGGCGCGCCUCCAGGGCUUCCUGCAGGAACUGGCGUCCUCCAGCUCUGACUUGGGCGGUGGGCGCUGCACCUACCGCGGCGUGGAGCUGGUCGGCUACUCCGAGGCUGCGGUGCGGGGCUUGCAGCGGCUGCGGGGGGCCUUCCUAGACUCCAUGCGGCGGGGGCUGCGGGACUCCUACCCCGGGCCCUCGCUGGACGCCGUGGCCGCCUUCGCGGCGAUCUUCGACUCGCGCGGCUACCCGCAGGCACCCGAGGAGCUGGGCGCGCACGGCGAGGGGGCACUGCGGGUGCUGCUGCGCGCCUUCGCCCCCGCCGUGGUGCGCCAGAGGGCGCUGGGCGACUUCGCGCUCUUCAAGCGCGUGGUGUGCAGCCUCGGGCGGCUGGGCCCGCGGGCCUUGUGCGCCAGGCUGGCCUGCGCGCGCUCCGAGCUGCACGAGCUCUUCCCGGACUUCGCCGCCCUUGCCGCCCUGGCCUUGGCGCUGCCCGCGGGCGCCGGCCUCCUGGACAAGGUGGGCCGCAGCCGGGAGCUGCGGUGGUGGGGGCAGAGCGGGGCAGGGGAAGGCCGGGGCGGCCCGGCGGUGAAGAUCGCAGUGGAUGGGCCCCCGCUGCACGAGUUUGACUUUGCACUGGCCGUGGAGUUCUUGGAGAGUGGGUGGGCGGAGGGGCUCCUGGGGUCACAGCUCACGUGAGGGCGGCCCCCUUCCCUCCGCCCAGACAGCCUGGGGCCCUGAGCACUCUAGGGGCCAAGACAGACUCUAGGUGACGGGGCUGCACCCAAGCUGACCCCCUAACUGUGGCCUUCCAACCACCUGCCCCGUGCUUCCUCCGCUCCAUGCUGAGUACUAACCCAGCCCCGUGGGCUGUGGAGGAAGGGCUGUGUGGAGGGGGUCCUGGGCAAGCCCACGGAGAUGCUGGGUUUGGGGACACCCUCAGUAUCACUCCUGCCCUUGCCAGAGUUUGGGGAGGAGUAGCUCACCAUUUUCCCUCUGGACCCAGCCCAGGUUUGGGCCAUAGAAAAGCUGAGGAGUCUUGGUUGGAGGGAGAAAGGAAGACUGGGUCUGAGGGAUUGAGGGAAAGAGGAAUGGGUCCUUGGCUGUUAGCUCCCCGCCUGGCAGCAUCUCUUCUCUUCAGAUAGGACUAGACGGCAGAUGACUUCCUUGGUGUCGACACAGCAUAGCACCCUCUCUGUGCACAAGCUACCAGUUCAAGGGAGGUGGGGGUGGUGCCCUACCUCCCCCACCCACCGGUAGGCUGCCUGUAUGUGGCUGUGUAUAUAGAUAUACACAUCUACAAAUGUAAAAUAAAUCUAUCCUAUCUUGCAUAUCGUUAACACACAAAAAAUCGAAAAGGACUUCUUCCGGCUUUGCAAUGACAGAGUCCAGAAAAGUUUCAACGGACUGCAUUUAUUUCUAAUGUUUUUCUUCCUCAAAGUCUGGUUGCUCCCCAAAGUUCUGAGCCUUCCCCCGCCCUCGCCUCAGACCUUUAAGACCAAAGACUGUAAAACCACAGGGCUGGAAGGGCCAACUCUGAGGACCAGCCUCGGGCCACACCCAGGAGCUGGAGGGCUUUUUGCCUCCUGGGAGAAGGAGUUGGGGCCUCACCAGAGCUGGGGGGGGGGGGGGGGGGGGGGGGGGAGGAGGACACAUCCCUUCAGAUUCCAAUGGGUUUCCCAUCCCCUCUGUCAGCCUUGCUGUGACUGUGUGGGCAUUAGUGAGAGGGGUUUGGGUUUAACUUGCAAUAAACUGGAAACCCAGUGCAUCUCGCAG